AGUUGUACUUGUAACCAAUGUAACCUGGCAAAGAACAUUUUUAUUGGUUAUAUUUGUCAACACGAAUGAUUUUUUGGUUUACAGGUUUGGACCCAAAAUGAAAAGCUUGGAUAGGCCCGAUAAGAAGGCAGACUAUAGAAAGCCUUACUGAUGUUUUAACAUUUGCUUGCCACUGCAAAUUUGGCGAGAGGAUCUGAAUCGUAUUGAGUGUUUUAAUUUUGUCUGGUAAAUUGAUCACAAGGUGUUCGAUAGAAUACCUGAGAGAGUUUCCGAAAGGUUUCUUCGUACUCCUUUCGAGUAAGUUGAAUAUUAAAGGUUGAAGAUGACGAUCUUGAAUGUUUGCUCAGAGAUUUUGAAGAUACAGAAGCUACGACGGGGUUUCUCUUACGCCGGAUUCUAUUGCUUUACUGCUGCUCUCACGUUUUUCUAUACAAACAACACAACAAGAGCAGGAUAUUCCAGGGGCGAUCAGUUUUAUGCAUCUUACCCUGCCGGCACGGAACUUCUGACCGACACAGCUAAGCUGUACAAAGCUGCGCUUGGAGCUUGCUAUGAAUCUGAGGAUUGGGGUCCUGUUGAAUUCUGCAUAAUGGCUAAGCAUUUUGAGCGCCAGGGAAAAUCUCCAUACGUUUACCACUCUCAAUACAUGGCUCACCUUCUUUCUCAAGGCCAGCUCGAUGGAAGUGGCUAGUGGCGUCGAACGAUUUAUACACAACUCUAUUUUUCUUAGUUCUGUAUCUAAUUUUGUUGUAACAAAACUUGUUAUCUCGAACACUUGUAAUGCUAUGGUAUAAAACCCGGAGAAAUGGACUGUUCUGAUCCGUGCUAAGAAAAAUAAGAGCACAAAAUGCCUGUAAAGGCAGGUUUACACACAA